CCUCAAUAUGCCGUACGGUAGUCGCCAAUCGAUACAAUAUGCCAUGAAGCAGUCUAUCCCGUCACAUACGUCACAAUUCGAUGAGCAGUUCAGCUUUGCGGAUGCUGCUGCUGCUCCUCGCGCUGUUGGUGUUCCCUGCCUCCAGCCACCGGCCUGAACUCCUCAAAGAACUGGGCGACAAUGUCCCCGCCAUGGAACUUGUAAAUGUGUCUCCGUUAUCAUCCGAGGCGGCCAAAUCCCGCGUGCUCUGUUGGGUCAACACGUAUCACGCGAACCACGACAAGCGACUCCACGCCAUCAAGCGAACAUGGGGUCGCAAAUGCGAUAAACUUCUGUUCAUGAGCGACAUUGAAGACUUAUCGGUCCCCACCGUGGAGAUCGUGGCUCCUCCACUGCACGAGAUGCUGUGGCAGAAGCACCGCGAGAUUGUGCGGCUUUUGGUCCGUGAAUACAGCGAGGACCAAUUCGAUUGGGUCUUUAAGUGCGACGACGACACCUUUUUGAUCAUGGAGAAUCUCAAAACUUAUCUCAAUGGUCCCGAAAUUCGGGCAGUUGCCGAGGACGGACCAGUUCUUUUGGGUCAUCGGAUGACGUUGCAGUGGUGGGAAAUGCAGCGACUUUUUGAACCUUUUGAGAACCACGACCCGGAUCGUGUGGCGGCGAUGCUUAAGGUGAAGCAAGAGACAAAGAAAGAUGGAGGGUUACUGUAUACCCCUGGAGGUGGAGGGUACGCUAUGAAUUGGGCAUAUUUGAAGAAAUUGGAGGCUGCGUUUGAUGAACCCUUCUGCUUGCCGAACGAAGUGGUUCCAGAUGAUUGGGCCAUUUCGUUUUGUAUGCGGCAUUUCGGUGUCAUUCCGUUGGAUACGAGAGAUGAGAAGAAGAGAGAGAGGUUCCAUCAGUAUGAUCCCAAUGAUCUGUACACGAGACCGUAUGAUGAAGAGGCCUAUGAUCACAAACUCUUCACGUCGAUUUACCAGGAGAACAAUUGGUUCUCGGAUCAUUAUGGGAUUGGAUGGCAAAACGGAAAAAAUUGCUGCGCCCCGGACUCGAUUAGCUUCCAUUAUGUCAAGCCACCGCUGAUGGAUCUGUUUUACGAAUACUAUUAUGGUGAACAGAACUCCACGAAGACGUAGAUGUCAAGACUUCGGAAAGGUUUUAACUGUCUUCAUAGAAUUUGUUGCUGCAUUGAAUCAACUAUUUUUUUUUCAUCUCGUUAACUAC